CGCAAUAUUAUCUGCAUCCGUCAACAUAAUCAGAUAUGAUAGCCUAUGUGCUUGAUAAUAUUUGGAGUAGCCUCAAUCCUGUUUCUUCUCUGCUAGCGCAAAACAAGUUGUCAAAGAAACGAAUAUUGAGUUGGAGUUUCAGAAUGUCUCUAGGACGUAGGCUAUUGAAGAAAAAUGAAAAAAAGUCAGAUUUCCUUGCGUCGCAGUGGCAGUGUUUUCCGCAGCGUGGAGAAGUUAUUUUGAGUGUUAUAUAAUUCGGUACGCUACUAGACACCGAAAGGACCGAGGAUUCCACGAAACCGAAGUAAGAAAUAACACGUGAAGGGAACUCAGCCAAUUGAGUGAGGUUUGAGGGAUGUCUGGAAUGUACUGCCUGCUGAAGGUCCUGGCACAGAAUCUCAGUUGGAUUAAGGUUUCUCUGGAGAUGUAGCUAUGUACCACAAACCAGCAGCUCUUUGGCUUGUCUACUCCCUGUCAGAAGCUGUGGUGUCCAGACUGGGUGAUCCUCCAUGUAGGGUCCAGUGGAACUCUCCUUGACCAUUAGAUGGACUACAAACAGACCCGGCGGUUACUGUGACAACAACUCACAGCUACCUCACCCUGACCCUUUGACCCUUACCUUUGACCCCUCACCACUGGCCCAUACUCUUCCCCUCACUCCUAACCCUUCCCCUUACUUCCAUAGCUUAUCUCUCCUCUGCUCCUGUUAUCGGUCUCUAUUAAGCCCCAUUUCACCAUGUUGCCCCAUGCCCCUCCGGUCCUCCUGGCUGUGUUAUGUUGGUGUGCACUAGUGUCUCUGGGCAUGGACCCCCCUCACCCCCGCCGGGAGAUCCGAAUUGAGGGAGACCUGGUUCUUGGGGGGCUGUUCCCGGUCCAUGAGAAGGGGGUAGGGAUGGAGGAGUGUGGGCGGGUGAAUGAGGACAGAGGAAUCCAGAGGUUGGAGGCCAUGCUGUUUGCUAUAGACAGGAUCAACUCUGACCCCACCUUACUGCCUGGAGUCACUGUGGGAGUUCACAUACUGGACACCUGCUCUAGAGAUACCUAUGCACUGGAACAGGCACUGGAGUUUGUGCGUGCGUCUCUAACCAAGGUUGACGAUACAGAGUUUAUCUGUCCUGAUGGAUCCUAUGCUCUACAGGAUGACAGUCCGCUGGCAAUUGCUGGAGUCAUUGGAGGCUCUUACAGCAGCGUUUCUAUACAGGUUGCCAACCUACUACGCCUUUUCCAGAUUCCUCAGAUAAGUUAUGCCUCCACCAGUGCCAAGCUCAGCGACAAGACGCGAUAUGACUACUUUGCCCGCACUGUGCCCCCUGACUUCUACCAGGCCAAAGCCAUGGCAGAGAUCCUGCGCCUGUUCAACUGGACCUACGUGUCCACCGUGGCUUCAGAGGGAGACUAUGGAGAGACAGGCAUUGAGGCCUUUGAACAGGAAGCACGCAUGAGAAACAUUUGCAUCGCUACCUCUGAGAAGGUGGGUCGCUCUAAUGCUAAGAAGUCUUACGAGGCAGUGAUCAAGCAACUUCUCCAGAAACCCAAUGCCCGUGUGGCUGUCCUAUUUCUGCGCAGCGAUGAUGCUCGGGAACUCCUCUCUGCUGCUGCUCGGCUCAAUGCCACCUUCAUCUGGGUGGCUAGCGAUGGCUGGGGGGCGCAGGAGAGCAUCGUCAAGGGCAACGAGGGCACGGCUGAUGGGGCCAUCACCCUGGAGCUGGCUGCUAAUCCUGUCCCGGAAUUCAACCGUUACUUCAUGUCUUUGGAUCCUGUCAACAACCGUCGCAACCCCUGGUACCGGGAAUUCUGGGAGCAGAAGUUUCAGUGCUCGCUUGGCGGAGGAGUAGGGUCAGGCGGGGUGGUUUCUCUGACGACGGAUUCUCUUUCCCUCCCUCCUUGUGAGAAGAGUGUAUCAGUGAAUCAAAAUAACUUUGAGCCAGAGUCUAAGAUCAUGUUUGUGGUGAAUGCGGUAUACGCUAUGGCCCACGCUCUCCAUAAGAUGCAGAGAACACUGUGUUCCAACACCACCAAGCUCUGUGACAGCAUAAAGGCUUUGGACGGACGGAAGCUCUACAGAGACUACCUACUGAACAUCAGCUUCACAGCUCCCUUCUCUCCUCCUGGCAGUGAGACAGUGGUGAAGUUUGAUCCCUAUGGUGAUGGGAUGGGACGCUAUAAUAUCUUCAGUUACCAGCGCAAUGCUGAUCGCUACGGAUAUGUACCCAUCGGUGAAUGGGCGGAGACUCUGAGCAUGAGCAGUGACCUGAUUCGCUGGCCCAGGGAAGUGGUGCCGUCAUCCCAGUGCAGCGAUCCAUGUGCCCGCAAUGAGAUGAAGAAGAUGCAGGCUGGGGAGUACUGUUGUUGGAUCUGUACAGCGUGUGAGGCACAUGAGUACCUGGCUGAUGAGUUCACUUGCUCACCCUGCGCCCCUGGCCAGUGGCCAACCGAAGACCUCACUUCCUGUUAUGACCUGCCUGAGGACUACAUCAUGUGGGAGGAUGCCUGGGCAAUUGGACCAAUCAGCAUUGCGUGUGUUGGGUUCCUAUGUACGUCGCUGGUGUUCUGGGUGUUUGUGAGACACAACAAUACACCCCUGGUGAAAGCGUCAGGCAGGGAGCUGUGUUACAUCCUACUGCUCGGGGUCUUCAUGUCGUACUCCCUCACGUUCCUCUUCCUGGCCAAGCCUUCACCGGCCAUCUGUGCAAUGAGGCGUCUUGGCCUCAGUACCUCAUUUGCUGUCUGCUACUCUGCCCUUCUCACCAAGACCAAUCGGAUCGCCCGAAUCUUUAGCGGGGUGAAAGAUGGGAGUGGGACCACAAAGCCACGCUUUAUAAGCCCUACGUCUCAGGUGUUCAUCUGUCUCAGUCUGAUAUCAGUCCAGUUAGUGAUGGUGUCCGUGUGGUUGCUGCUAGAAGUUCCUGGUACCAGGAGGUUUACAUUACCAGAGCGACGACAGACAGUGAUCCUUAAAUGUAACGUCCGUGACUCCAGCAUGCUGCUGUCGCUAGGAUACGACGUGCUCCUGGUCAUCCUGUGUACCGUGUAUGCCUUCAAAACCAGGAAGUGUCCGGAGAACUUCAACGAGGCUAAGUUCAUAGGUUUCACAAUGUAUACAACUUGCAUCAUCUGGCUAGCCUUCCUACCCAUUUUCUACGUCACAUCCAGCGACUACAGGGUCCAGACCACAACCAUGUGUAUCUCGGUGAGCCUCAGUGGGUUUGUGGUGCUAGGCUGUAUGUUCGCUCCCAAGGUUCACAUAAUCCUGUUCCAACCACAGAAGAACGUCACCAGCCUUCGACUCAACAUCAACCGCUUCAGUGUCAGCGGUCCUGCCACCGCGUACGCUUCACACGCAUCAGUGAGUGCACAGUACGUGCCGACUGUGUGUAAUGGGAGAGAGAUUGUGGACUCCACUACUUCCUCCCUGUGACCACACCUACCCGCCUGUCUGCCCUCCUUACACCCCCAGACUGUUAGCCAAUAGGCACACAUUGUGCUCCUGUGUCUCCUCCUGCCACCACAUGGACAAGCACAGUACCGUUUCACAUUUGUAGAAAAUAUGUAUUAUGGUUGCAUUAUUUUCUAGUGCUGUACAUAAUGGAAUUCAAUCAACGUUGAUGUUGAGAACAAAAGAACAACAACAACAAAAAAACUUUGUAGGAGGAUUUUUUUUAGACUUUGUUUUUGAUAGCUUUGUUAAGAUGCUGUGUACAUAUAACCAUGCACUGGGUCGUGAUGGGUGUGUGUGUGUGCGUGUACAACAGACCGUUCUUAUUAACCAUAUCAACACAUUGUUUUCCAACUUUUUACAAACAACUGCUGUUUGGACCACUUUCCAAAAAUAGUUAUAGCAUGUGAGAUCUUCCUCUACUUCACAGCUAUUCACAGCUGAAAUCUGAACAGAAAUGUUAUGUCUGCUAAUAGUUUGCCAACAGUGUGUGUGUGUGUGUGUGUGUGUGUGUGUGUGUGUGUGUUAGAAGAAGUUGUGAUAGGAGUGUGUGCAAAAUUCCGUAGGGGUGAUGGCUGCAAGAGCUUCACCUGCAAUAGCCCACAGACUUUCUACUCCUGUGCUUUUUUUGUAGAUCUAAUUGUUAAAACCCUGUCAGUAUUAAUUUCUAUGUUGUAUCUGUAUAUUUGUAUAUCUGUAUAUAAUACUACUGAUGGUUGGAACAGCACAAUGUUGGCAGUAUCAUGUAACUCUAGUUAGAGCCGAACUACUGUGGACUGAUUGUGUGUGAAACUGAGGGUUGACUUGCUCAUAAGAACAGAAUGACCUGGAAUGGGCUUGGUAUCCGAAAUGAACAUAAUAUGUUGAAACACACAUUCACACUCCUAGCAUACUCUGGCCUCCAGAAUAUUGGAUCCUUUGGUUGAGAUGGGCAAAAUAUGUUAUGAAAGAAUGUCAUGGUUCUUUAUCGUCUUGAUUUUCCUACCGAAAUAUGAGAUUAUUCGGAAAUUAAAGUAAUAUAGUUGAAAGGGAAAACAAUAUUUCAAAGUAUAUUUUAUCACAAUUAUUGGCACCCCAAGAACUUUGUAAGAACCAAAACGUAUCAAAUAGAAGUAUCUUUUCAUUGAUAAGAAGUUUAGAUGCUGGUGAUAUUGUGGGUCUGUUUUGAUUUCAAAGCCCAGGCAAUUUGAUUAUGAUUCUUUGGCAUCAUGGACAAAUACCAUGAGAUUCCUGUAGAACAAUCAUCCAAUGCAUUUCUCCUGAUGCACAGGAAAAAACAAAAUCUCUCUAAACACAGAAUCAAGCUUUUAAAAUGGCCCAACUCAGUCCCCUGACUUAAAACUCAUUGAAAACCUGAGAAAUGUUCUGAAGAGCCAACAAGCGACAGGUUAGAUUUCUCAUAUUUUGAGUGCAAGAUCAAGUUGAUGAACAAUCUUUUAUUAUCUUCCUCAAAGGGUCCAGUAACUGUGGUAGUGUAUCCAGUCAGUUCACCCAUUAUGUAUGAUUGUUUUGAACUGGAAUGUCCUUUCUAUUUUUUAUGUCUGUGAAACUGCCACCAAAUAAGAAGUGACCAGGUUCUUUGACGGCUAUAAUAACAGAGUAUUCAACAAUGCAACGUCUCUCUUUAAACACUCUUUUUAGCUCAAACAUAAGCAUAGUGUCAAGAACAGUGUAGACAGACACAAUACGAUGCCUCGUACAUGUUUCAUUUCUCAUUUAGAAACCUAAAAGAGCCUGUCUGCUCUUCAUCCUUUAAGUCAGUGUGGUAGUGGGCACCCCUCUGUCUGUUUUGUAGUCAUGUGAGGGUGUUGUAUUAAUGGCUAUGUGCCUUAACAUGUCUGCCGGUUGAACGCUCUAGAUAAAGGCUGUGCUUAAGGCCACCGAUCCACUAUCAGUUUACCGUCCACAAAACCCUGAACUUAACCAUUGGGGGUAAAGACUGAAAGACUGACCUUGGACUCCCAUGGUUAAAGUCAUCCAGCUGUAAUUUAAGCUUCCUCAUUUGUCACUGUGGAUAUAAGAGCAGAUGGGAGUGAAAACAGAUAUUUUGAAUACGUCUCAAAUGUCUUAGGUUUAUUCCUCACCUCCUUGUCUCCUUCCUUAAUCCAACCCUUGUGUGGUAUAACUCACAGGAAGUGGGGUCUACCCAGCAGAAGGAGGUCAAAUCUCUCUCUUCUAGCAGGUGUUACUGGCGUGUGAAAACCACUGCCCCC